AUGCAAUCAUUAAUAACAAUUAAACAUUAUAUAAUACAAAACUUUUACUCCCUUAUAUUCACUUUAUUGGUUGUUGUUCUCCUGUCUGUUUAUUUGUUGGUUUAUAUAUUUUCACAUACCCCAAGGAAGCCACAUGAAGAUGAGUUACAAUGUUCAGUUUACGACAAUAAGUCGCAUAAUAUUAAAUCCAAAAGAUUAAAACAUGUCUUAAAUGGUUCAACUGAAACUGAUGAUGAUGCAUCCAUUGAAUUGUCUGUUGUUGUUCCUAGCUAUAAUGAAACCGGUCGGAUAUUAGUUAUGUUACAAGAAGCCAUUGAUUAUUUAAAUGAAAAUUUUAAAAACAAAUUUGAAAUAAUUAUUGUGGAUGAUGGUAGCAAAGACAAAACUGCUGAAUAUUGCUUAGAACUAUCCAAAAAAUUCCAAGACAAGCUAACUAACGAAGAAACUGGUGAAAAUCUAUUGCGUGUUGUUAAAUUGGUAAAGAAUAGAGGUAAGGGUGGCGCUGUAAAGCAUGGUUUGUUGCAUAUCAGGGGUAAAUAUGGAUUAUUUGCUGAUGCGGAUGGUGCAAGCAAUUUUAAAGAUGUUUCCAAAUUAUUAAAUAAAAUUAAGAGUGAACAAGAAAAAAGAAAAAGAAAUAAUGGUAAUUCCCAUUCCAAUCCCGAUACUGGUAUUAUUGCUAUUGGAUCGCGUGCUCAUAUGGUUAAUACUGAUGCAGUCGUCAAAAGAUCCUUUAUUAGAAAUUUCUUAAUGUACGGUUUACAUACUUUGGUUUACAUAUUCGGUAUUAGAUCAAUUAAGGAUACACAAUGUGGAUUUAAAUUGUUUGACAGAAAAGCAAUUCAGCAAGUUUUACCAUAUUUACGUACUGAACGAUGGAUCUUUGAUGUAGAAAUUUUGAUUUUGGCAUUAAGAAAAAAAAUUGUUGUUUUUGAAAUACCCAUUUCUUGGCAUGAAGUGGGUGGAUCAAAAGUUGAUCUAGCUCGUGAUAGCAUAAACAUGGCAAUUGAUUUGGUUGUUAUAAGAUUGGCUUACCUAUUGGGCAUCUACAAAGAUAACGUUGAAUGUUAG